UGUUCGAAACUCGAGACAGGCGAGAACUGCAGUCCGCAUCUGACAGCUUUAAGUUUGAAGAAAGAAGAAAAAUCCGUUUCUCUAUAUAAAGCCAAGAAUGACAGAUAGGAAACCGUGUAGGGUGUGCAAUUUCACACGGCAGAAAUCAUACGGGUUGGUAGUUCCCUCCUUAGCUGAGCUGAAGACAAAAGGAAGUGAGUCUCUUGGGUUCAGCCCCGCUGGGCCGGUCUCAGUCGUCCUAGAAGAUGAUGGGACGAUAGUAGAGGAUCAGGCCUACUUUCUGUGUUUACCUUUAAACACAAAGUUCAUGCUAUUGCAUGAAAGAGAGACAUGGUCUCCAGUUCGCAGGAUGGAUGGUGGCACGGCCUGGAUGGCCAGGGAUUCUUUGGUGCUGGAUGCCGAUACUGUGGACGCCUCCAGUGCUAUAGCACCCUGGUGGAGCCUGGCUCAGCAGCUGAAGCAGGACCUUUCCAGCAUCAUCCUCAUGUCUGAGGCCGAAUUACAGACCUUAGUGGAUGCCCCAUGCCCCGAGCUAGCCUCUGCUCUGGGCUUCAAGGAAAAGAAGGCCGGGGACCUUCAGCAGACACUGCAGGGCGUUUUGGACCGACGAGAGGAGGAGAGGCAGUCCAAAGAGUUGCUCCAGCUCUACCUUAAAGCUGCGGAGAAAGAAGAAGGACAGCAGGAAUCGUCAAGCCAGGCCAGCCAGGAAGGGGCUGUAGAAGUGGAGGUGGAUGGGAUGGAGGUGGACUCUGCAUCCGGAUUCAUAUCCAGGACACUGAUGGUCCUGAAAGGAAAAACAAGCCCAGAGACCAGACUCUCCACUGAGGAUCUGCAGAUGGUAGUUACCAGAGGGGUAGAAGCAAUGGAGCAGGUGCUGGGCUGGGACAGAACGAGGACUUCUGUGCUGUUGCAGGCCUGCGAGGCAGAGCUGACCGGACGUCUCCAGCAGGUCCAGGCCGUGCAGUCUAUCAGGAGCAACGCACAGCUGGACAGCGGUGUGCACAGCGCGGAGGAAGCUGCAGAAACGCCAUCCCAAGGCAGCAACUAGGCCGAGGCUUCACCUGAGAAGAGACUGAUAAGAAAUCACACUACCUGCCUCAGGGUCAGAAGAAUGGGAUAUUUCUCAUAGUAUCCAUAAUGCUGGAAUCCAUGAAUGUUAAUGAUGUUGACAUUUGCUUUACUUUGUGAAAACUUGCAAACCACUUGAAUUAUUUUUUCCUCAAGCAGAAGCAGCACAGUCAUUUGCACAAGCAAUAUUCAUCAAAGAGAUGCUAGCGCUAACCACUGGCUUCACCUCUCUAUUUACUCCAUAUUGUGAUUAGUGUCAUGCUGUGAAAUUAAUCACAGGUCAACACAUCCAUGACAAGUCAAAGCUAGUUUAGCUUAGCAUCAGGACUGGAAACAGGAAUAGCUUGCCUGGCUCCUUCCAAAGGUAAGCAAUUAAAGCUACUAGCACCAUGUAAGCUCAGUUUUUACAUAUUAGUUCAGUCCCUGCUCGAUGCCUUGCAAUCUCACUGCGGUGACAAUACUCCUGGAAACAACUGUGGGUGAACAGCAAGAAAUAGCCCUAAUAUUGCCCCGCAAAUAUUGCCCCAUUGUUUGAUUUAACAAUUGAGAUAUCACAUGUUAAGUAAUGAGCUUUAAGGGGUGCUAGUGGGCAGAUUGUGUUAACUUCACAGCCAGGCUAACUCUUUCCUCCUGUUCUAAGUCCUUAUGAUAAACUCUGCUUAUGCCAGCUACUUUUUUAAGUGGAUAGGCAUGAGAGUCAAAUCAAACUUCUCAUAUAACUAUUGAUGAAUGUGUAUCUCCCAACAUUUGGAAUUAUACUAUGGAAUCAGCUUUCCAGUAUAAUUGUUUACAUUCUGCUCUCUUAAAAAACGAUUCAGCAAAUUGUACAAUGCAUUUUAUUUUAAAAGGCUAAAUAUGUGUACGAAAUGUACUUACUUUUGCUAGAGAAACCCUGUGGAACUCCAGUUUAUGGUACAUAAAUAUAUUAUUUUGUGUAGAAAUAGUUUUAUGUUCUAUCAUUGAAUUGUCAUUUACAUCUUAAUUAUAAAGGAUAUUUUCGACAUUCAGAGUAGCAGUGCGUUCCUCGUUACAUGAGCUGGGAGCCAGGCGGGCCCCCCAUUUUAAAGGCACCUCCAGUCAAAUCUUAGAAUAGAACAAUUUCGAAAUUGUGGUGGAAAUACUUGGAUAACAGGUAUCCCUAUUCAGGAUUUAGGGAACAUACACCGUUUUAUGAAUAUGCACUUAUGCCUAAAUGUGGUACUUCCUUUUUCCAAUUUGUACCACAUUCUUCAUGUAUGUGCACCUUAGUUUGAAAUGUCAUUCAUAUGUGAGCAAACUCACCAUGAAUGCUUCAUUUGAUCAAAAUAUGGUGAGCUCAGGAACUCUUUACCCUUGAAGGUACAAUACCAAAGUAACUUGUACAUUACAGUGCAGACAGACGUUUCUGGCAGAAAACCAAAUAUAUUUUUGAUAAAAGCUCGGUAUUAAUCGUGAAAAAGUAGGACAAGAUGAUAUUACUUCAUACAUGAAAGCUUCACUGAACACAUUAUGGGUACAAUGGCUUCGUCCAAUAGAACCAAUAUUUCUGGAUGAGAGCUCAUUUAAGACCUACUGUUAUAUACUACUGGCUGUGUGGUGUAAGAUGGUGUGCAGGUCUUUGUGACUCACCCUGUAGAAUAUAGCCUUUGUCAUGCCUGUCAUUUCAUCAGAGCUCUCUUGAACAAUGAACACACAUGAGGCGGAAGGAUCAUCUUUGUUGUGUUGUUGUGAGAUUAAGAUGUCAUCACCAGCUUGUACUUUAGCAUAAAAUAAAGAGGAAAGUAGUGCAUUCACAUCAA